ACAGGCAGCAUUAAGGAGUACCACAGCUGGGGUCCUUGACCAGCGCGUAGCACAGUUUUCAACAUGGCUGCUACCAUAGCCAGUCUCUUGAAACCUUGGACUCCGAGGCUGUGUCCGGUGCGCUGGAGUCGUUAUAACCCGUACUACCUGGAGCCGGAGCCUCGGAGGGAGGCGUACGCAGCCCCCGAGGCGGAGCUGACUCCGGAGGAGAGGGAGCUGAAGACCACCCGCUCCAUCAAAGCGGCCCGGGCCAACGACAACAGCUCCCCGUACAACGACCCCAUCAUAAGCAAAUUCAUCAACAUGAUGAUGCAGGAUGGCAAUAAAAUCCUGGCGAGAGAAAUAAUGACUCAGACGCUGGAGGCGAUAAAGAGGAAGCAGGUGGAGAAGUACCACAGUGGCCCAGCAGCGGAGCGUGAGGGCAUCGAGUGCAACCCCUACGCCAUCUUUCACCAGGCCAUCGAGAACUGCAGGCCCGUCAUCGGCCUGACCAGCGUCCAGAAGGGUGGGAGGUCCUACCAGGUUCCCAUUUCCCUGACGGACAGCCGCCGCCGCUUCUUGGCCAUGAAGUGGAUGAUUACGGAGUGUCGGGAUAACAAACACCGGCGCACGCACAUGUACGAGAAGCUCUCACAGGAGCUGCUGGCUGCCUUCGCCAAUGAGGGCAACGUCAUCAAACGCAAACAUGACUUUCACAAGAUGGCCGAAGCCAACAGAGCCUACGCGCACUUCCGCUGGUGGUAGCGGAAGAGCCGCGGGCGUACUCCAUGCUCGGCAUGCCUUUUCACACGAAGUGGCCGUGUGUUUGUGGACUGUUGCAUAAAUGUGGGAGGACACAGGACUUCUCGAGUCGUGUUUAGUUCCUGGGGGCUCUGAGGUGAACCCCUAAGUUUGGCUGUUAAGUACAUUAAACUUAAGCCAAAUUGAACUUUCUUGACUACUCAACCCUGGAAUCGUAAGUCAUCCUAAAGUCUGUUCAGUGUAAUAAUGUCUUUCUGUUAGAACCAAUUUAAUAAAUGUUGAACAGUCA